AUGUCUGAAGACUGUCUGUAUCUGAAUAUCUGGGCACCUUCUGUCAGGCGGGGACUUCGCAAAGCAGCAGUUAUGAUGUUCAUUCAUGGAGGAAGCUAUGGCACAGGAGGUAGUUCGGUUGCUAGCUAUGAUGGCACGAAUUUGGUACAGAAUCACGACGAUCUGAUUGUUGUUACCUUCAAUUAUCGACUCAAUGUUUUUGGAUUUCCGAAUGCGCCGGGCAUCGACCCUUCCAAGCAAAACCUCGGGCUCCUGGACCAGGUAGAUGAAAGUUACCCAGACAAUCCUCUCGUCAGCGCACUUGGUCUUCACUCCGGCACCGCUCCAUUACUGGUUACGGCCCCUGAUCAUCAAAAUUGGAAUGAAUUGUCUACUGCCCUUGGAUGCGGCGUAGGAGCACAAUUGCCAACAUUGGCGGGGAUGAAUGAGUGUGAAGUUACAGCUUUUGUGCCGUUAAGUCAAACAUCAGUUGAUGAGACAGCGGUCUACGCGCUUGGUCAAAGGUUUUAUAACUGUCCCCUCCGGGAAUCUGUGAGGAUUCGAGUGAGUCACCAUGUGCCCACUUGGAGGUAUCUGUACCAUGGGAAUUUUACCAAUCUCAGCCCAACUCCUUGGCUUGGAGCAUACCACGGGGGUGAGACACCUCUUGCUUUUGGAAACUAUGAUAUAUCCAUGACGAUCCCUCCGUCCGCCAGGGAAGUUGAAGUCAGCCAAUACAUACAAGGAGCUUGGGUUGCAUUUGCCAAGGACCCUCGUACGGGACUGAGCAACUAUGGAUGGCCACAGUUCAGUUUUGAUGAGCCAACCAUGAUCAACCUCGCCCUGAAUAACACGGUCCAGGCGAUAUUUACUUCUUCCAGUUCGUGGGAUAGGUCUUGUGGAGUCCCCGCUCGAUCUGAGCUAUGA